UCCUGGUUGUAGGAUAUUUGUGUGCGAGGACGAGCAGUUUAAACCUAAUGUAUUAAUUGUUUCAAACAACAACGCGGAGACAUAAGGGUUGGGAUAACAUGUUCCCAAUUGACUUUGCGUGGGGAGCAGGAACUGCAGCGUAUCAAAUAGAAGGUGGCUGGCAGGCAGACGGCAAGGGACCGAGUAUCUGGGACACGUUUUGUCAUGAGAAAGGCAGAGUGUUUAAGGAGCAGAACGGAGAUGUAGCCUGUAACAGCUACGAGCUGUGGGAGAAAGACCUGGAGUGCAUCCAGCAGCUUGGACUGACGCACUAUCGCCUGUCUCUCUCCUGGGCCCGCCUCCUGCCUGAUGGGACCACACGCAAUGUCAAUCAAAAAGGUGUACAGUACUACAACAAGGUGAUUGAUGAUUUGCUGGCCUGUAAUGUUUCACCUAUGGUCACACUCUACCACUUUGACUUGCCGCAAGCUCUCCAAGACCAGGGUGGCUGGAAAUCCCCAGCUAUAGUGACCCACUUCGACAGCUAUGCCAAGUUUUGUUUCCAAACAUUUGGGGACCAAGUCAAACUUUGGAUCACUAUCAAUGAGCCACAUGUGUGCGCCAAACUGGGCCACGAAGACGGCAUCCAUGCUCCAGGGUUAAAAGAACCGGGGAUUGCUGCUUACCUGGUGGGCCAUAAUAUGCUGCGUGCCCAUGCCAUGGCCUGGCACAGCUACAACUCCUACUACAGGCCAAAGCAGAAGGGAGCGGUGUCUCUGGCCAUCAACAGUGACUGGUUUGAGCCAUUGCGCCCGGAUUGCAACGAGGAUAUUACUGCUACUGAACGUGACCUUGCAUUUACUCUAGGCUGGUUUGCCUGGCCUGUUUUUGUCACUGGAGAUUAUCCAGAAAUAAUGAGAUCCGCCAUCAACUCUCAAAGUACGAAGCUGGGAUAUAGCGGCAGCUCGAGACUGCCCAGCUUCUCAAAGGAUGAACCUGCCAUUUUAGGCACAGCUGAUUUCUUUGCUUUGAACUACUAUACAUCCCGCAAAGUCAAGCCAGGAGGAGGAUGUGGACAGAUGUGUAUAAAGAGCGACCGAGAUGCAGAGGAAAUUUUGGAUCCGUCCUGGUCUGUCUGUGGAGUGUCCUGGCUGGCUGUAGUCCCCUAUGGCUUAAGGAAACUUCUUAAGCACAUUAAGGACACUUUCAACAACCCAGCAGUCUACAUCACAGAGAAUGGUUUCUCUCAGAUAGGGCCACUGCAAAUUGAGGAUGUCCAGCGCUGUGAGUUUUACAAAGACACCAUCCUGGAGGUGGCUAAAGCUAUUGAAGAAGAUGGCGUCAAUGUCUGUGGAUAUUUUGCAUGGUCGCUGUUGGACAACUUUGAAUGGGCUGACGGAUUCAGUGUUCGUUUUGGACUGUUUCAUGUGGACUUCUCCGAUGCAAAGCUGACUCGAACCAUAUACCGGUCAGGACGGGAGUAUGCAAAGAUGAUCAUGAAGUACAAGAGAGAAACUGAUGUACAGUGA